UUUAAUUCUCACUUUUCUCCAAUAUGGCAAGCUCAUCAUCAGUUUUUUGAAAAUUAGCUUCCGAAGAAUCAUUGCUAGAAUCAUGGUGAAGACACCGGAGACUCCGUGUCCCCCGUUCCCAUGCCCGCCGGCACCGAAGCCGCCGUGUCCGGCCGUGUGCCCCCCACCCCCUCCCCCACCAGCAUGUCGGGUUAAGCCCAUCAUGCGCGGGUUGCACUGGGCACAGACGAAGAGGAAGCUGACUGAAGCGCUGCUUCUAAGUGCUGCAGUGGGACUCACGGUGUACUUUGGGUAUACGCGGCCGCAUAUGGAGCGUUAUAGGGAGUUUUAUGCACUUUCAGAAUUUGACGAUUGGGCCGAUGAUAUGGCAAAAAUGGGUCUGUUUCAAUCUGUCCCUAAAGAAGGCUUCCCAAAGAAAGACAAAAAGAAAUAGUUGUAUACAUUUGUCAUU